AUGAACAGACCGGUGAAAGUACUUUUUAUCGCGAGUGAAAAUGUUCCAAAUCAUUUUGUUAAUAUUGAUGAUGCUGAAUAUAUUAAUGAACAACGACAAGAACAAAUGGAAAAAAUGGGAAAAAAAUUAUCUAAAUCAAAUAUGAAUCAAGCCACUUUUCAUCCCAUCGUUGAUGAACUGAGUGAAUCAAAAGAGAAUGUUUUAUCACAACGUCCUAUCAGUCAUAUUCUACCGAGAUUUCCUUAUCGGCAUUGUAAUUUGAAACAAAAAAGACGACGACAAAUACAAAAGAAGAACAUUGGAACAAAGAAAAAUUUAUUACAAGAGACAGAAAAUAUCGAUGUAAAUUAUGAUGAAAUUGAUAUUGCUGUUGAUGAACACGAAGUCGAAAAUACACAAACUCAUGAUAGUGACAAUCAAAAACGAUUUAAAAACAAUCUUCUACAUCUCUCACCUAAUGACAUACACAACACUGCACUAUCAAUACAAGAACUAGCAACAAAUGGAAAAAUCAAAGACUAUAUUAUGCAUAAUAUCAUAAAAGAUGCUCAGAUUUUCAGUCAAUGGUUUGAUUUGCUUCGAUGUGGUUUCAGUGUAUUACUUAGCGGUGUUGGAUCCAAAAAAUCAGUUGUAAAGUUAUUUUUCAAAAAAUAUUUAAAAGGAAAAUAUCUUUCGUUUAUUAUUCACGGUUAUUUACCGAAUGCAACGUUAAAAGAGGUCUUACAAUCAAUAUGUGAUUGUCCUGAUAUUGCGAUUGAUAUGAAUACCAGAAAAAGUGAAGAGUGUAUGUUGGAAAUUAUCAAACAAUUAGAGAAUAAAGCGCUGCACAUCUAUCUGUUGAUUAAUAAUAUUGACGGGAUGAAUUUUCGGAAUUCAAGCGUUCAGAAUGUCUUUCAAUUAGCUGCAAAAUGUUCUUACAUCCAUCUGUUAGCCACAAUCGAUCACAUAAAUGCACCCCUAAUUUGGAAUCAACAAGGUAUGUUAGAAAGUUUUAAUUGGAUAUUUUUUGAUGUUCAUACGUGGCUUCCAUACAUUGAUGAAACAGUAAACGAGCGUCUGGUUACAAGUCGAGCACAAACUGGUCAUCUUGCCGUUAGUGCUAUUGAACAUGUUGUUGAAAGUUUAACACCGAACGCCCGACGAAUAUUUCGUAUUAUUGUUGAAGCGUAUUUAGCAAAUUCGAAAGAUUAUGAUGGAAUGAACUUUUCCGAAUUAUAUGAUAUAUCUCGACGCUCAUUUUAUGUCAAUAAUGAACAAAGUCUUCGAUUACAAUUAGUAGAAUUUAUUGAUCAUCAUCUUGUUAAAUUACGAAAAAGUUCAGCAGAUGGACAAGAAGUUGUACAACUACUUGUAACCGAGCUAGAUAUGUUGAAACAUAUUUCAACGAAACUAAACUAG